CAAAAAUAACGUACUUACAAAUUCUAACUAUAAUUGAUUCAUUGUUUUGAUCGUUCUACAUGCUUAUUUUUGUAGAAGAAGCGAAUUAAAUUUUUUGAAUGGUUUUCUACCCGGAGGGUGGUAAGCAAACCUAAAGGCAAAGCGGCUGUGCUAUGACACCUAGAACUGGUAAACCUGGAAUUGGAAAAGGAAAAGUCUAGCAGGCCCAAAUUGUCGCUUUUCUAUUUCCACAAUUAAUAGUGACUUGCGCUUCAGUUGCACUUGCAAACUCGACGAAGCACUGCUCUGCUUUCACACACUAGGACCCCACUCCUCCUUCUUGUGAGUAGGUAUCGACUUCUCCUAGAGACAGACCAUGAUGUAGUCACAAACCUCAUUUUUUUUGGUAUGAUGUUGUAUCCGCACGUUUAUUGCUUGAACUUCUGGUUACCGAUGAUCAGUGAUGUGUCGUGGCCUACGUACUCAGCCAAAUUAUUGGAGCUUCACCUGCUAAAAGGCAAAGAAUUCGAAGGAUACUAUAACUGUUUUAAAAAGUACGCCAACAAGCAAAAGGAUGCCACUGACGACGUUGACCACUCUGACACUUGUUCGUUGUCUCAAAUCCUGCGAUCAUCAUGCUGCCGUCAUGGGGAUUCAAUGCUGACGCAGUAUAUUCCGCGGUGAUUGUGCAUCCGCUUCUAGCAUAAGCAUGCGGCCAAAAACGGAGUUGGAAAUUGGGCGAUCCGAUAUGAACUCAAAAAAGAACAGAUACAGAAUUGACUUUUUUCUGAGGUCGAAGUCCUUCGUGCGACGAUCUCAAAGAAUCUUGGUUGCUAUUUCUGAUCCAACCGUAACCAGGCCCUCGCAUGAUUGAAGUGGCGAUAUAUUGAUAGAUAGAAUAAAAAACUUAGACUGUUUUUGUAGGGACGAGUAACGAUUUUUUUGAUUGCUUUUGUUUUUCAGUGUAGCACAGCCACAGGUUACUAGCUACGGUACUUAGAGAUAAAAGCAGUACCACGUAGAGACAUAAAUACUUACACUUUUUUCUUGAGUCAUUUUCUCAGUCACGACAUGCGGUCUUCUCAUCACCAGAAAGCCGGCGGCGGCGGCAUGAACAAAUACGGCGGUUCGGACGAGGACGACGAUUCCUCGGACAGCGAAUUCCGGCGUCCGGGCAAGCGACGGAAGGCUUUCGCGCCCCCGACCGCCGGCACGGACGGCACAAAUUACCUGCUGCGGCAAGCUUCGGGACGGGCGCACAUCUCGCUGCAAAAUCCGAACGCCACGUCGUCCGCUUCGGUCGCCGUGGGGCAGCGAACGCGACCGGAGGGAAUCGGCGAGGAGAAAAUUUUGCCGCCCCGGAGCACCACAUUCGGCCAGGAUGCCUCCUGGCACACUAGCGCGGUGGACAACAAGAAGCCGGAGGCGGGGAUGAAAACGAUUCACGCCGAGGACGAGGCGGAGCGCCGGCGGCUGGCCAAGCAUCGCUUCCUGAUGGAGCAACUGCAGUACAAUUUAGCCGACAGCCGAGAGGAGUACCAGAGGCGGGAAGCCAACAAAGACCUGUCCCAGUCGGAAGCACACGCAGCUGCGGCGAGUAGCAGUACGCGCGUGCUGAAACGACCCGAUCCGAAAUCCGACCUGGCCCUGCUACGCGAAUUCCACCAGUUCAUUCCGGACGAGGAUCCUGGCGGGCACAGCAGCGCCGGCGGCGCAGCAGUCAAGCUGGCACAAAAGUACUACGACCGGUUGUUUAAGGAGUAUGUACUGGGCGACCUGCGCAACUACAAGCGGAACCAGUUUGGGUUUCGCUGGCGCACCGCGCAAGAAGUGCGCCAGGGCAAGGGACAGUUUGUCUGCGGCAGCAAGCACUGCGAGAAAUGCAACCAUCUGAAAAGCUACGAGGUCAACUUUGUGUACAUGGAACAAGGGGCGCAGAAGCAGGCGCUGGUCAAGAUAAAAUUGUGCGUGGCCUGCGCUUUCCAGCUGAACUAUGUGCAUCUGAAGAAGAAGCGAAAAGAAAGGAAGAAGGCCGAGAAGAAAGCAAGAAAGGAGAAGCGAAAAAAAGAAAAGAAGAAGCGGAAAAAACGCGGAUCUUCGUCCUCCUCGGAAGAAGAGAGCGACGAUGAAGAAGGGGAGCUGCAACGGCGCAGCAGGGCUGAGCCAACGGCAGCUGGUCCUCUGUCCGACGCUGACAUUGACGAGGCAGAUCUGCUGGAACUUGAGCGAAUGGCAGCCAAGCCCAUACCAGGAGCUCGUGUUGACAAAGCAAGUUCUUCCGGCAGGGCUGCAGAGGAUUUUCUUGACGACAUGUUUUCCUAAAAACCAACAACGACACCAUAAAGAUAAUGAGCAAAAAUGUAUCAACUAUGAUAGAUUGAACCUGAACACG